GAGCUUAUGAUGGUCACUGUGUUGGACAACAGCACACUGGGAAAUGAGCUUACCAUAACAACACCACUGCCGGACAGCUUUGAGGAGGAUGAGGGCGCUGUGGAGUUUCAUUUAUUUAUCGCCGUGAUCAGCGUGGCCUUGGCAGCUUUUAUCUGCUUCGGCAAUGCGAUGACCCUGCUGGCAAUCUUUCGAAACAGUCUUCUCCAGACUACGCCCAGCCUGUGCAUCGGUUCACUGGCUGUGGCUGACAGCCUGGUGGGUCUACUGCUGCUUGUCCAGGGGAUCGGCGAUUUCAUGCUUUCGGAAAAUUUUUUGGAGCACAAUGAACAGCUGUGUCUAUCUCUGAUGAGUCUUCUGUUCGUCUCCGUCACUGCCUCUAUGCUGAGUAUGGUGUUGGUCGCCGUGGACCGGUAUAUUUACAUCUCCUAUUCCCUGCACUACACAACUCUUGUAACCAGAACCAGGUCCUCCUCGCUCAUCGCCCUGAUCUGGGUGAUCGCGAUGGUCUAUGGGACAAUCCCAGCAUACACUAGCCACUACCAAAGUGCCCAAGGGUGUGAGCCUACCCACUCUUUCUCAAGAACUUACAUGAUCAUAGUUCACCCGACUCUGUUUUUCUCCGUCUGUGCGGUGACGCUGUUUUUAUACUGUCAAAUCGGAAGGACUGCGGUGCGGCAGAGGAAGCUUAUCAACGCUCAGAAAGGCAACAUCUUCUGCGCUGACAAGAAAAUCAAGAGCAACUUCUCAAGAAGCUCUUUGAAGCUGGUCAAGCUCCUCAUGGCUGUGUUCGGAUUUUUCUUCAUCAGUUGGUGCCCACUUCUGGUAGUGUCCAUUCUGGAGUACACCAUCCACGUCAACCACCACGUGCUGACCGUUUGCGGACUUCUGGCAGUGAUGAACUCGGGAAUCAACUUUCUGAUGCUCAGCUUCAUGAACGCAGAUUUUCGCAACGAGUUCCGGAAAAUUUUGUGCUCUCGGUGCGGAGCUCGCAAAGUUUAUCCAAUAGCGCCAUCCACAAUCUCAAAGUCAUUUCCAGACUAAUGUGUACAAUAGGUCUUAAAUGUGUACAGUAGGUCUUAAAUGUG